AUGUUAAAGAAAAAUGUUGUACUUGCUGUUUUUACAGCAGUGUUUCUCAUUGGUUCAAUUACUAUAUUAAGUUUCGAUAGUUCUAAACCAAUGAGAGAACCACCUUCUGUAUCUAUUAAAUGGAAGAAUGUAUUGGUUAGUAAUAUUACAAAUAAAGUGAAAACAACAAAGAAACCAGAUAUAUAUAAACCAGGUGAUUUCAUACCAAAGGAUUCAAAGACACCAUCGACAACGGGUGACGCUGCAAACAAUGGCGUUCCUCUGAUUAACGAUGAACAAAAGAAGGGUGGUGGUCAUGAGAUGAACAGAGCAUCGCCAUUCGAUAAGACAAAGUUGGCGUACGAAGCGAAUAGAGAGAAGAAUAUCGAGCGUGCAUCGGCUGUGCGUAAUGCAAUGAAAUUCGCAUGGGAUAGAUAUGUGGAGUUUGCAUGGGGUGACGACGAACUUACACCCCUCCAGAAGAAAGGAAAGAACUGGUUCCACUUGGGACUGUCGAUUGUCGAUGGUAUGGAUACUCUCUACUUUAUGGGGCUGGAAGAGGAGUUUGCCACGGCGCGUGAAUGGGUCGCCACAAAGCUGGAUCACCGCAAGGACACUGGCGAGGGAUUGUCAGUGUUCGAGGUCACCAUUAGAAUGCUCGGCGCCUAUCUAGCGAUGUACGAGCAGACUGGCGAUCAAAUGUUUUUGGAGAAGGCAGAGGAUAUCGGUAAUAUCCUCUUGAUGGCAUUCCCCAGUGAUUCGCCAUUCCCCAAGACCUAUUUGAACUUUGCCAAGGGAACCGCCAAGAUUCCUAGCUGGUCAGGCAAUUGCUUGAUUAUGGCAGACGUCGGAACGUUGUUCAUUGAAUUCACUCAUCUCUCAAAGCUGACCGGUAAGAGUGUUUGGGCCGACAAGGCAGCGGCCAUUCUCGACAAGCUCGACGCCAUGCCAAAGACUACGAAGGGUUUGAUCCCAAUCUAUGUGCGACCCGAUGGAAGUGGUCCGUGUGGAAGCACAUUGUCCAUGGGAUCAAUGGCCGACUCCUACUAUGAAUAUCUACUAAAGAUGUGGCUCUACACACCAGAGACACAUCCACAACACAACCAAUACCGCAGAAUGUACUUGGAGGCAGUGGAGGCAAUGCACGAAACACUCUACACUGUCUCUCCAAAAGGCGAGGGAUACCUCUCCAUUAUCUAUGGACGUGAGAACUCUCACACGAUGGAGCAUCUUGCUUGUAUGGCAGGUGGUAUGUUUGCUCUGGGAGUUGCCGCCAACAUCACUCAGGACGACAAACUCAACAAGAAACACUUUGAGAUGGCGGAGCAAGUCACCAAGACCUGUGUCAACUCUUAUUUCAAUUCGAAAUCGGGACUCGGUCCCGAGCAAAUCUAUUUCGAUCCACGUACUGGCGAGCAAAACAUCUACGGUUCACACGGAAAGUCGGAAUUCAUUCUGCGACCAGAAGCAAUCGAGUCGGUCUUUUACAUGUGGAGACUCACCGGUGACCCCAAAUACCAAGAUUGGGGAUGGAAGAUGUUUGAAGCACUCGAAAAGCAUUGUAGAACACCCAAUGGUUUCGUCGGUAUCCGUGAUGUCAACAAACCCGAAGGCGCCAAAGACGACAUCCAACAGAGUUUCUUCUUGGCGGAAACAAUCAAGUAUUUCUAUUUAUUAUUUGCAGAUCCUUCGAUUAUCCCAUUGGAUAAAUAUGUAUUUAACACUGAAGCACAUCCAAUUCCAAUACAAAGAGAACUUAAAUAUUAA